CCAGUUUAAUACAUCGAAACUUCAGUCAACUUAGUCUGGGACACGUGAAAUCUGAUUGAAUUGUAUGUAAUAGGAUGGAGUGUUAUUUGUUUUUCCAUAAAUAUAUGAAUAAACAAUAGGACAUUUCUUAUUUCCUUUAGCUGUUGAGAAAUACUUGCUGGCGUGUAUUUCUCUUAACAUAUCGUCAGUAAUAUUUAUACAAACUCUACUUGUUAUUUUCGUCGUUAAAUUAAGCCCCUGUAUUGCCUGCGUCCUAUAUUUAUCUUGGUAAAAGCUCAGCCAUAGGCGAGUUGGACUUGGAUUUAGCGUAUAGAUAAGCAUGUUUUCUGUCAGUCGUGACGCAAUGACGCCAGACAAGGCCUCGGUUACGACCACUGCAUUGGAGUGGAAGGGGAAGUUGAGUGUGCAACAGCGACCUCAGCGGCGCGCCGGUGGGCAAUUGAACCGGAUGCUUCCGCUGCGCAAUACAGCCCGGACACAAAAGAAGGGAAGGGCUUUAUGGCGAUAUUUAGAUCCGCCAGACAAGCUGUUAUCUGCGGGAAAAAUAAGUGAAUAACCCCUGCGGUAUACUGGGUCCGUGUUAAAAACACCCUGAUUUAGUUUACAGCCUUAAAGUGCCAUUGCAUUCACUUUUGUGUCCUUUUUUUCUUUUGAAGGUGCCUGUCUGUGCUGUGUUUAAGUGCGCAUAGCCUUUAUUUAUCCACUAGCCUCUAUAUUUUGUUCUAAUGUCUCUAACAUAUUUUCACCAAGCAUUAUCUGAUUAUGCACAGUUGUAGGCCCAAUGCGUUCCAGGUAGAUGAACGCCUAUCUGUUCAGUUAUUGGUGUGAGUUAUACCGUUUUUUUCCUUCAGUAUGGGAAAACAGGCUGGAGUGGAUUAUUUAGCAGUAGUCAAUCGCCUGUGGCCUGUAAGGUGUUGGCCUAGCUUUCAGUUUUAUUUGACGGUAAUAAAUAGAACACGUAAUUCUGUGGCUGUACUAUCACGGUUCUCUAARGCUAUGGUAGGGCAAGGUUCGAGAACAUGUCUGUGAAGUGUUACAACGUGUUACGCCGUCAUUUCCUCUCUUCAUACUAGUUCAGAUUUGAUCAUAUUGUAUCCAGACUUGGGUUUGCAUGUUCAGAAAGCCUCUCCUCGGCUAUUGUUGAAUUACAUGUGUUGGUUUGUAUUGUAUUUGCGUGUCCAUUGAGCGUUGUUCGGUUUCUGAAAACGAGUUUUAUUUCUGCUUUCAAAUUUGAUUAGAACGUGAUCUAUGUGUCUGGAUGAUGAAACAAACAACCCCAUGUGUAAAGUAUCUAUUCAAUUAUCUAUUAAUUGCAUGUUUUUCUCACGAGGUAUCUCCCACUUUUAUGAGGAAAACUCAUAAACUCAACGGCUUCUGUACAUUAUGCUGUAUUUGUUAGCGUAUUAGUUUCUACUUAAUAGUGUAUAAUUUUUUUCUUUAGCCAUAGUGGCUUCCAUAAUUGGCACUGCUGUGCUGGUAGCCUAUUUGUAAUAGUGCUAAUGGUAAUUAUGGUUCGGGGCCUGUGUUUUGGUUGAUCAUGUCACAUGACCUGGAUUUUAACCUUUAUUUGAAGCCUUUUCCAGAAAUGAGAAUUAGAACAAAAAUAAAAACAAUUGUCUGAGGAUGAUGCUGGACCAUCUGACAUAAAAAUAAAAGGGUAAAGUAUGAUAAUAUAUAUUUUUAAUGAACGUUAAAAUCCAGGUAAACCAAAACACAGGGUCCUAAUUAUGAUAGUGGCCUCAUAAUAGGCUAAUAGAACUCCUAGUAAUAGUUGGAUGUAAACAAUAUGUGUAGCCUAUUGUUUAGUAAUAGUGGUAAAGUAUUUGUAUUUGAAAAAGAAGCCAGCUAGGCUACAGGUCGAUGUGCACUACUAUGUGCAUACUAUUUUCUAGGACGAAUAUCCAUAAUUGUCGCUUAUUUGUUGAAUCUUAAUUUUUWAAAUAUGCCACAAUUAGGCCUAUUUCCAUGUAGGUUAUUGAUUGAAUUAAUAUAUUUUCUGCAAUAGAACAUUGCUGUUUAAUUCCUCGGUUUUGUUUAAUAACCAGAAUGUAGGCUAUCCUGGAUAUUCACGGAUAUAGAAUACAAUAUUAGACUAGAACAGUAAAAUGAUUCUUUCCAUUUUUUUGUUUUAAGGCAGCAGUAAAUACAUGAACUUAACCGGGUAGACCUACUACUAUGCCAACACACAUUUCUAUUCUAUUUAGACAUUUGUUUUCUAUCAAAAAUAACUAUACGAAUUUUUAAAAAUCCAUAUUUUGCUGCUGAAAGGAAUAUUACUUUUACUGAGUAAUUAUAUAUAUUUUUUCCAAAUAGGCAAUAUAAUAACAAUGUCAUAGGAUGUUGAUGAAAUAACACAUUAAACUAGUCAAUUAUUAUUCUCAGCAGGCUUGUGGUUCUAUUAGGCUUUAAUCUUAUAUUGUAUUAGGUUAUUAUUGUAUAAUACCAAACUAAGGCUUCACAAAAUAGCAUGAUAUAGCACACCUUUGAAAGCUUAUGUUUAAUGGGGUGUGUGCGUAAAAGCUUGUUCAUGUUGGAAUGUUUCCUGACAAUGAAAAUAUGAAAGGUUUGAACAUUUUGGAUGAGGAUGAACGAGGUUACCUACUACGAUGGAAAGCUACCCAGAGCAUUAGUUGUAAGAAAGAAUAUCUGAAUAAUUUACGUUCCUUGGCGCCAUAGAAAGAAUGCAGUUUAUGACAUUUGGUUUCUUUAAUAAGCCCCAAUAUGGCGGCGUUCUCCUGGUUAUGUUCAGCCCCUGUAUGUUUUGUUGUGAGUAUCAUUGGUAAUGCUUAUUACCCUAUAACAUAUGUGUAAAUAUACUCGUUAAAUGUGUGUUUUGGGAGAAUUAUUUAUUGGAUUCGCUGACCUAURCUAAAUGGACAGAUACUUCCAAUGGUAUUUCAGUUUAGCCUACUCUCCCUUUCCAUAGCCCUACAUUUAUAUCAGCAGUAACUGUAUAAAAUAAUAAUAAUUUGCUUUUAAAACUAGACAUUGUUACGUUUUAAGACAGAGACCCGCGAGCAUUUAAUAGCCAAAGGGAUUGAUUUAUCCUGUAUUGUUCAGCCUUUAUGAUCACGUGCGCUCGACACCCAAUCGAAUGGCAGUCCUGCUUCCCAACUAUUAGUCGACUGUAGAUCUUUGUGGUGCCAAGUUGCUAUACUUGAUUUCUUCAGAUUGUUAUUUUGUAAAAGUCGGGUUUAGUGCGUGUGUAUGUGUGUGUGGUGUGUGUGGCACGCUUGUUUUUGUAUGUAUCUGUGUAUGUGUGGGUACAUGUGAAAGUCUAUUUUGCCAUGUCGACAUCUGGAACGUUGACGAGCUACUACGUUGACUCCCUCAUCUUGCCCGAGAGCGAGGAGCUGUCCGCGCCCAGAUACACCUCCGGUCCAGGGGGGCUCCAGCAUGCGAGGCAGCUCACCUCGCUCACCGAUCACACCGAGCUUGGGCCCUGCACCUUCCCGACGAAAGCUCCGGUCUUCAACCCGUCCUGGGGCCAUGUAUCGACCCAGUUUCCAGGUGCCGUGUCAUCCGUGUACCACCACCCGUAUGGGCAUCACCAAGGCCCGGCUCCAGGCGAUGUGGAGGGUCGCUACAUGCAGUCCUGGCUGCUUGAGCCCAUUUCAGGGUCCUUGCCUUUGACCGGAUUACCGACGAGUCAUCAUUACGGGAUCAAACCGGAGAGCCWGGGCGCACGAGUGGACAGCGCGCUGCCUGGAUCCCACACCGCACUGCUCCUGUCCGACUUCACCAACGGGACAGUUGCGACGGCGUCCCCGGUGGACAAGAACACACUACCUGGCCAGACCGCAAACCCGAACGGGGAGAUAGAGGAGAAACCGGCCCUCGAUCCAAGGGCCGGACGUGCACAGUCUGCACUGCAGCUCUUUCGACCAGAGCCGUCUGUUCGGGGACAGCUGCAUCCAGCCGGUGCCGGGUCCACUCACCUCGCCAGAGGACAAACACUACCGGAUGUACCCCUGGAUGAGAACAUCAGAUCCAAACAGAAAGCGUGGACGUCAGACGUACUCCCGGUACCAGACACUGGAGCUGGAGAAAGAAUUCCACUUUAACCGGUACCUGAACCGCCGGAGGCGCGUGGAGAUAGCACACGCGCUCUGCCUGACUGAGCGCCAGAUCAAAAUCUGGUUCCAGAACCGGAGGAUGAAGUGGAAGAAAGAUCACAAGGAUGAGUCUUCGAGCUCAAACCUCAGUGCCAACUCAGAGAACGUAAACAAGGAUGGUGAUGGUAAUCCGGUAACCAACGGACAGUCCAAGGCCCAGGAGGCAGAGCAAGGAGACUCCCCGUCUGCGGGUGUGGCGUCAGAAACCCCUGCAAGAGAAGGAGAUGGCGACGUAGAGGCUAUUAAUGAAAGAAACACUCCAUAAAUGUUUGUAUUUGUCAAAUGUUAAAGAUGUAUACUCUCAUAGAAUCGACACACUCUGUUCAUCAUGUUUGUUUAUCAAUUUAGAGAUUAGUAAGGAUUGGUGAAACGACUUGCAGGCUGAAGUUGAGAAGCACUUAUUUAUUGUACUGUAUACAAGCUAGUGAAACACUGUCUCUAGCAACAAAAGGCAUACGUCUAUGUGCACAUGAAAAGGAACGGAUACUACCUAUUUACACCAUAGUAUUAUUAUGAAAACUCAAUUUGAUCUUUGAAUGUAGAAAAGGCCUACUGUAAAUGUUAUUCAAUAAUAAAUAUUAUUGGUUGGGAACUAUUAGAUAUUUUACUACUGAAAUAACAUUCCUGAACAGAGAACUACCUAAUGCGACAGUUAAAUCCAAGCAACUUCCGAAUUUAGCCUACCUCCAAUUUCAAUUGACUUAGACAAAGGGACCUUUUUCGCAUUCUAUUUGUUUCUAUUUCAAAUGGAAAUAAAAGCAAAUGUUGCGUAAAAGUGCCUUUGUUGAAUCAACUAGCGAAUAUGGCUUUAACGAUUUACUGUCCCUUAUUCUCGUUAUAUUGCAAUGCUGUAGCUGUUACGGUUUGGCAUAUUCCUAUAUCUUAUAUUUGUGAGAACUUAUCUUUUGGGGCCAUGUAGAGAUUGUAAUACAUAUUCGCAUGAUUCCAAUACCCUACCUCAGAGACUACAGACCUAUUCGGCUACUACUGUAUCACUGAAUUUCARUACUGUAUAACUUAUUGUAUAUGUGUGAAAUUGAAGUCUUUGUAAACACUG